GUGCUGGACUACUUCCACAGCCGCAGCAACGUCCAGUACCUCUUUAGGGAGCAGUCGGUGGAAGGGGCCGUCGAGAGAGUGGACUCAUCGGGGACGUUCGUCCAGCUGCGCCUUAACCUUGUACAGACAGCAUGCAGGAAGCAAACACAGAGGAGACAGAACUGCAGGAUCAUGGAGAACAGGAGAAAGCCAGCCUGCUUGGCCUGCUACAAGUUUGACAACAGCGAUGUCCCCAAGGUGCUGGACAAGUACUACAACUGUGGCCCCAGCCACCACUUGUCCGUGAAGGAGAUCAGACAACGUGACGAGGCUGAGUGCAGGGCUGUGGAGGAGGCCGGCAAGGCGAGUGAUGCCCUCUAUCUGCCUGGCAUGUUCGCUUUCUCCAAGGGGCUGCCAGCCUAGGUGCCCACGCGCAUCCAGCAGCCACCACAUCCCCAGCCCAGGAGGAGGAUGCUGACACGGGGCCCCCCAGCCCCCAGCUUGCCGCCCCUCAGCGCUGUGCAGUGAAGGGAAGGUCGUCCGCAGUGCCCCCCAGCUCCUGACAGUGUCUGCAUGCACCAUUAAACCCCAGCUCUGCCUCUG